AUGAAAUCCCCAGAGACUAUCAAGCUCGCAUCAACUAAAGAUGGAGUCGUGGUCUCAAUCCAUAAAGGAUUGCUGUGCUUCUUCUCUUCCUACUAUGCUGCAGCAUUGAAUGGAAAUUUUCUUGAAGCAGAAAAGGACCGUUUCGAGGUUGGACUAUCAGGCGCGCAACUUCAAGCUUUCGCAGAGUGGAUUUACACCGGUACUUUCAACGUGCAUGACCGCGAAGACGAGUUUCUUUUCAUCAGCCUGUACAUCUUUGCCGAUCUAGUGGAUAUCAUCGCACUUCGUCGCAGUGCUAUCAGCCAUAUUGCAGAUUUGAGCAUCGUAAGCUGGAGCAUGGUCGAACUGAUUCUCAAGAAUGUCACUCAGAAUUCACCUCUACGAAGACACGUUUCGGACAACUACAUCGCUCAUUGGAUGCCAACAACCGAUGCGAACAGACCACGUCUGCCAGACAGCCAGACCGACUCUGUUUACCUUGUGGCUCACUCCAACUUCAUGUUCGAGCUACUGAAGGGUGUUGCACUUCGUAAAGUCUCAGCCGACGAUGCAACCAAGUGUCCCUGUUGCAAUGACCUCUGCAAAUACCACGAACACGAGAGUGAUGAGGAGCGGGAAGCGAGUAUGUUGAUGCGCAUGAUUCAACUCGUAGCUACUUACUAA